AUGCUCGACCAGGAGGAGCCCGCGACUAGCCGCACGCCGCUCCUGAACAGCAGCGACAGCGCGCGACACAAUAAUGUAUACACGGAAAACGGAGACUCCGGAACCGAACAGCAACCUCUGCAUGGCUUGCGCCGCGUCGCCGAUUCUCUGCCUCUCAACGUCUGGAUCAUCGCGACAAUCGAGGCGUGCGAGAGAUUCGCCUUUUUCGGCAUGGCCGCGCCUCUGCAAAACUACGUCCAGAACCCGCGCGACGACCCUUUGCUGCCGGGCGGAAUCGGCCUCGGUCAGGCUAAUGCCACCAUAGUCAAUCUGACCUUCAUCAUGUGGUGUUUUGUGACUCCCGUGGCCGGCGCCGUCAUUGCUGAGCAGUAUCUCGGAAGACUGCGAACAAUCACGUAUGCGUCUGUGAUCUACAUCUGUGGACUGAGUAUCUUGGUCCUCUCCUCUCUGCCACUGGUGCACGAUCGAGGACUGUCAUUCUCCGGAAUGCUCCUGUCCUUGUUCUUGAUAGGAAUCGGCACUGGUGGUAUCAAGACAAACGUAAACUCGCUGAUCGCCGAGCAAUAUACCGGCCCCAAAGAAGUCGUGCGCGUCUUGAAAUCGGGAGAGAAAGUCGUGGUCGACAAGGACCUGACCCUUCAAAGGAUCUUUACGACUUUUUUCAUAUACAUCAACAUAGGCUCUGUUACAUCCAUGGUUACUACGCCGGUCGAAAAGUACUAUGGAUUUACUGCAGCUUUUUCCCUGCCUCUGGUUGUCUUUUUAAUUGGACUAGUCAUCAUCCUGGCAAGUAAAGAUCGAUAUGUGAGUCUCCCACCGGACAAAUCGUUGCUCUUCAAUGCCGGACGAGUGUUAUGGAUAGCUCUCAAAAAUCGAGGCAAUUUCGACCAUGCGCGCCCUUCUUUCCAAGACGAAGAAGACCCAGCUGAAAGGCUGCCCUGGGAUGACAAAUUCGUCGACGAUAUCCACAACACUUUGGUAGCAUCCAAGGUCUUUGUAUUGUACCCCUUCUUCUGGGCGGCAUACGCGCAGUACAUGACAAACUUCAUCUCGCAAGCUGCAACCAUGGAGACCCACGGCAUUCCCAACGAUAUAAUGACCGUCAUAGACCCAGUCGCUGUUCUGAUCUUCCUCCCAACUUUGGAUCGCCUUAUCUUCCCCUUUCUCCGCAAGAUGGGACUUGCUCUCGUUGCAGCCGACCGAGUUAAACUUGGCUUUGUCUUGUGCGGUAUCGCUAUGCUAUACGCGGCCCUUGUCCAGCGCAUGAUCUACCUGUCCCCUCCUUGCUACGAUCACCCACGGUCACUAGACUGCUUUGACGGGAAGAUGCCAAACGCCAUCUCCGUGUUUUGGCAGGCCCCGGCAUACGUGUUCAUUGCCGCCGCCGAGGCCUUUGCGGCCGUCGCAGGAGUCGAGUAUGCCUAUGCGGCCGCGCCAAAGUCGAUGAAGUCGAUUGUCAUUGCGUUGUAUAUAUCGUCUGCCUCGGUCGGCGCUAUACUCGCAAUGACUGUCUCGCCGCUCACCGUCGAUCCGAAAUUGCCCUGGAUGUAUGGGACGCUGGGCAUGGGAGUUUUGCUCGCCGGUGCGGUGCUCUGGAUUGUUCCCGUGUAG